AUGGGUAACAAGCACUCUCUGAUGACACUGCUCAAGAAGGAUAUUCCGAGCUUGUUUAUUCUUAAAUACGCCUGUUCAAAACUUCCUCGUGUGGUUGAAGAUCUCGUGCGAGACGUCUACGGCUAUUUCAGCUCAAGUCCUAAAAGAGUGGACACGUUGAAGAAAUUUCAGAAUCUUCUUGAACUGAAGCCACACAAGCUGCUUCAUCCAAGUCAAACAAGAUGGCUCUCCCUACUUGCUGCAGUCGACCGCUUUCUAGAGCAGUACGAUGCACUGGAGGCAUAUUUCGCAUCUGCGACUUCCGCAGACAGGCUUCUGGCAUCUGAGACAAUUCACAAGAGGCUGCAAGGUCCUGUGAACAAGCUGUUUUUACUGUUCCUCAGCUUCGUUCUGCCUGUCUUUAACAACUUAAAUAAGCAAAUGCAAAGUGAUGCCCCACAAUUCCACAAGCUCUUGAGAAGUGCAGAAGCUUGUGUGAGGACAAUUAUGGAUUGUUAUCUCAAGCGAUCCUACACACAGGGAGUAGAGGUGUCUAAAGUAGAAUUCAGAAACCCCAAGUGCUUUCUACCUAUGGAAGACGUGUACGUCAGUGGGCAAGCAACUGCACUCUUGUCAUCCAGAGAAUGUGCCCUUACUGCAGAACAAUCUCAGUUCUUUCGUUUGAGAUGCCUCGAUUUUUAUGUUGAGAGCGUCGACCAAAUUCUGAAGCGGAUCCCUUUUCAAGAAUCUGUUUUGAGACAUUUGGAACUGCUUGAUCCAGCUGUGUGCAUGAAUGGAUCAGCAGCGUCUAUUGCACCACUGGCACAGGCCUUCCCGAAUUUAGUCUCGGGCAAAACCAUGCAGGCUUUGGACACUGAGUGGCGAUAUUUAAGGAAUGCUGACAUCCCUGUAAGCAAAGAAUCUUCGUUGCACGAAUUCUGGGGAACAGUGUUUACUCAGAAACACUGUGAUGGAAGCACCGCCUUUCCUGCAUUGACAGAGUUCGUGUCCGCUGUACUGUGUUUGCCACAUUCCAGUGCAGCUGUGCCGUCAACAACAUGA